AUGAAGGAAAGUAGCGAGUCCACAAAGCUCCGUGUUGUUUUUGACGGUUCUGCUUCCACAUCAUCCGGAUAUGCUCUCAACGAUAUUUUGAUGGUGGGUCCAAAUAUGCAGGAUUAUCUCCUCUCCAUAUUAAUUAGAAGCAGACAAUAUAAAUAUCUUUUAUGUGGCGACAUAGAGAAGAUGUAUCGCCAAGUUGAAGUAAACGAAAAUGAUCGGGCGCUGCAACUAAUAUUAUGGAGAGGAGAUGAGUCUGAACCCAUACAAACAUUGAGUCUUAAUACUGUCACUUACGGGACUGCAUGUGCCAGUUAUUUAAGCACUCGAUGUAUUUGGCAAAUCGGUGAGGAGCAGAAUGAUGAACUUAUCAAAACCAUUAUAAAAAAGGACUUUUAUAUCGACGAUCUCAUCACAGGUUGUGACGAUGAAGAGCAAUUACGCUACAUAAAACAUUCAGUAACAAAGGCAUUAAAUAAUUUGACAAUUAGUGAAUCAACUAGCACCCUCGGGCUUGGCUGGAAUCCUUCUAGUGAUAGUCUAAAUUUUCCACUAAAAAAUAUACCUAAAUGUAACAUGGUGACUAAAAGAAAUAUUUUAUCAAUUUCAUUCCAAAUAUUUGAUCCUCUUGGACUUUUAAGCCCUUGUAUCAUACAACCAAAAAUUAUUAUGCAAAAUUUAUGGAAAGAAAAGAUUCAAUGGGAUCAACCUGUACCACAAACUAUCAGAGAGAGCUGGCAAAAAUAUUGUGACAAUAUACAGUAUCUCAAAGAAUUUCAAGUACCAAGAUUAGUUCUAUGCAAUAAUCCAAUCGAAAUAGAACUACACUCAUUUAGUGAUGCUUCUCAGGCAGCAUACGGUGCAUGUAUUUACAUGCGAUCCAUAGACGCUAAUAAUAGGGUAUCUGUUAAAUUAUUAUGUUCCAAAUCUAAAGUAUCACCAAUAAAACCAAUAACUAUGCCACGCUUAGAGCUUUGUGCUGCUCUUUUAGCGGCUAGGCUUAGUGGAACGGUUAUAGAAUCCCUACGAUACAAACCAAAUAAUGUAAUCCACUUGUGUGACUCCAGUAUAGUAAUUUCUUGA